AUGUGGUCCGCAGACACUUUACAAGUUCGACCAAAGCCGCCGAAAAAUGACGAGUUGAGUUUUAUACUUGGAACAGCAUUAGCAGUCGCAAUUUUAGCUGUGAGACAAUCAAAUACAGCGACGGCAAUUUCAACUUCGACAGCAUCUGUUGCCACACAAGUGCCCACAAGCAGUACAAUAAUUAGUUCUCUGACCACAACGGUAGUAACAUUAACAACUUCAGUGACCACAACGGUAGCAACAACAAGUUCCCAGACCACAACAAUAGCAACAUUAACAACUUUACCAACUACAACGGUAACAACCCUAGCUGCGACCACGACAAGUGUAUCAUCGUCGAUGACAACAAGCAUAAUAAGUACAACAAGUUUAACGGCCAUCACAUCGACCACUGUUACAACUAUACCUACUACGAGUUCAAAUAUUGUUGCUGGACCUGAUGCCUCCUGUACUCGUUGGUACUGUAAAGAUGUUUUAACAUUUAAAAAUACUGGAACAUUAAUUGCUCUCACAGUAGUAAUUACUGUUCAAAAAACAGUGGGAGCAUAUUCUCCAAAUAUAUGGACAAAUUUAGCAGGUGGAAUUUAUACAAGUUCUAUAGUUGAUAACGGCAGUCAACUAAUAUAUACCUAUACACUGAACACGGGUUCAACACUAGCCUCAGGUAGCUAUGGGUUUGGUGGAAAUUAUAGUCUUACGGGAACAGUACAAGAUACUACAGCCGACACAUGGACAAUUUCUUACACAGAUAAUUCGAACACAAUAACUACAGAAGCCGGUCAUUUUUAA